GGAUAGGAGGGUGAGGGGCAGCCUGAGGAGAGAUUGAGGGGCUAAGGUCGAGACGGACUGUGGCAAGGAGAGGGCAGGCCAGGAGGAGAGGAGGAGAGCGGAGUAGAGGAGAGGAAAGGAGAGGAGAGGGAGACUGGUGAGGAAGGGCCAACCGCGGAAGAGCGGGCUUUUUCCGUCUGUUCAUUAGUUAGUGAUCAGAUUGUGUGGCUUCUGUUCGUCCCCACUUCCCCCUUCUUUUCUCUAUCCCUCCGUGGUGUGUGUGCGGUGGGUUGGCUCCCCAUCGCCAUCGCCAUAACUUGCGGCUGGGAGGGAGAAGAAGGGCAGGGAGGAGAGUGUGGAGGGAAGAGGUGGGAGAGUGGGAGAGUCGAGAGUCGAGAGUCGAGCGCCGCCGCUUCCUCAGACUAAGUAGUAGUACCGCAGCUGCGGCGCGAAGCAUGGAGGCUGUCAUGGCCAACAUGGCGCAGGCCGCCGUCGCCCAGGCGGGCAUCGCGCGUGUCGCUCCUUCUUCCUCCUUGCGCGCCGCGGCUGGCAAUGGCGCGAAGUCCGCGGCUAUGGCGGGGGGCGCUGCGCGGCGCAGCGCGAAGGCGACGGCUCUCGGCAAUUUCGUGGGUCUGCGCCGCACAGCCGACGCAGAUGUGGCAUCGCUUACCGCGGCGUUCUCCGUCGCCGCCACCGCUCCCGCUUCUUCUUCGCGGCGGAGUGCGCGCGCCCCCGUCUCCGUGAAGGCAAAUGUGGCGGAAGUCAAGUCAGCUCCCGCCACCGACCUAGCCCUCAUCGACAAGUGCAUCAAUGCCAUUCGUUUUCUGGCCAUUGAUGCUGUGGAGAAGGCCAAGUCUGGGCAUCCGGGAUUGCCCAUGGGAGCGGCACCCAUGGGGUAUAUUCUCUACGACGAGGUGAUGAAAUUCAACCCCAAGAACCCCAAAUGGUUCAACAGGGACAGGUUUGUCCUCUCUGCAGGCCACGGCUGUAUGCUCCAGUACGCGCUUAUGCAUCUCACGGGAUUCGACAGUGUCCAGACUGAAGAUCUGAUGCAGUUCCGGCAGUGGGGAAGCAGAACGCCUGGGCAUCCAGAGAACUUCGAAACCCUAGGAGUGGAGGUCACCACAGGCCCUCUUGGACAAGGUAUUGCGAAUGCUGUGGGCCUUGCUUUGGCAGAGGCGCACCUGGCCGCGCGCUUCAACAAGCCUGAUGCGAAAAUCGUUGACCACUACACUUACUGCAUUUUGGGGGAUGGGUGCAAUAUGGAGGGAGUGUCGAACGAGGCCAUCUCGUUGGCGGGGCACUGGGGCCUCGGCAAGCUGAUUGCGUUGUACGACGACAAUCACAUCAGCAUUGACGGGCACACGGACAUUUCCUUCACGGAGGAUGUGACGAAGCGGUACGAGGCCCUUGGCUGGCAUACGAUCCAUGUGCCGAACGGCAACACCGACUACGACGCAAUUCGUAAUGCCAUUGAGGAGGCGAAGGCGGUGACGGACAAGCCGACGUUGAUUAAGGUCACCACAAUCAUUGGCUAUGGGUCUCCCAAUAAGGCAGACUCUCAUGACGUGCACGGCGCUGCACUUGGUCCCAAGGAGGUCCAGGCUACACGAGAUUACCUCGAGUGGCCGUACGAGCCAUUUGUCGUCCCCAGCGACGUGAAGGCAAAAAUGGGUGAAGCUGUUCAGAAGGGCGCUCAAUGCGAGGCGGAGUGGAAUGCGGCCAUGCAACAGUACGAGGCUAAGUACCCUGAAGAGGCGAAGGUUUUCAAGCAGCUUAUCAAUGGGGAGCUCCCUGAAGGAUGGGAGAAGGCACUUCCGGUGUAUGAUCCGUCGGUUCCGGCAGAUGCCACCCGUAACAUUUCUCAAACGUGCUUGAAUGCGCUGGCAUCCGCGCUGCCUGGCUUCCUUGGUGGGUCGGCUGACUUGACGGGCUCGAACAUGACUCUCUUGAAGCAGUUCGGGGACUUCCAGAAGGAUACCCCUGCGGAGAGGAACGUGCGGUUCGGUGUCCGCGAGCACGGCAUGGGCGCUAUUGUGAACGGUAUGGCUCUGCACAGCGGGUUGAUUCCCUACUGCGCGACUUUCUUUGUCUUCACGGACUACAUGCGCGGUGCGAUGAGGAUUUCUGCUCUCAGCGAGGCUGGAGUGGUGUUUGUCAUGACCCACGACUCGAUCGGUUUGGGAGAGGACGGCCCAACUCAUCAGCCCAUUGAGCACCUUGCCAGUUUCCGGGCCAUGCCUAACAUCUUGAUGAUGAGGCCCGGUGAUGGCGCCGAAACCGCGGGUGCGUACAUCGUGGCUAUCAAGAACAGGACACGUCCGUCGAUUUUGGCGUUGUCGAGACAGAAGAUGUCGAACCUUGCCGGGACGUCUGCCGAGAAGGUGGCCUGGGGAGGCUACACCAUCAGCGACAAUUCUUCCGGCAAGCCCGAUGCGAUUUUGAUGGCGACGGGAUCGGAGCUGGAGCUGGCUGAGAAGGCUGCCGAGGAGCUGAGGAAGGAAGGCAAAGCCGUGCGGGUGGUUUCGAUGGUGAGCUGGGAGCUGUUUGAUGAGCAGCCGGAGGAGUACAGGAACAGUGUUUUACACCCGGAGGUCACUGCUCGCGUCAGCGUUGAGGCUUCGUCCACCUUUGGGUGGCAUAAGUAUGUUGGUCCCGCGGGGAAGUGCAUCGGUGUCGACGGCUUUGGUGCCAGUGCCCCAGGCCCUGUGCUGUACGAGAAAUUUGGCUUUACCGUACCGAACGUCGUUGCCACUGUGAAGUCGGUGAUGUGAGGCAUUUGGGACAGUGUUCUUCGCAUUCCCUCUUGUUGUAGAAAAAUUGUAAUCCUUUCAGUGAGAGAGUUGAUAUAUCUGAAAUUCAUUGGGACGACAAGGUGUCUGCCUAGCUGGAUUUCUCCCUCCUUCAAAAUGUAUGUUUGUGAAGGCCGUAGCCUUUCCCGUUACUGUUGUCCCGUGUUGGGUAGUGUAUCAAAGAGUCUAUAGCCAAAUAUAUGUGUACUAGUAGGGUCAGUUCUGAAAGAUCAUCCUUGGCUUUGAAAGAGGAAUGGUUCGCUCCGCACAUGCGUGUGCAUGUACUGUACACACAAAAAUGUAUGUGUGUGUGUGUGUGUGUGUGUGUGUGUGAGAGAGAGAGAGAGAGAGAGAGAGAGAGAGAGGAGAGGUGGGAAUUGGGGUUGGAAGUAGAAAAGAGGAGUAACUGUUUUGGAAAAAAAAAAUGGUAUAGAGUUGGUUGUUCUGAUUGCUGACUGCUACUCUUUCCGAGAGGUAAACUUGCAAGGGGUUGCCAACUUCACGGGGGUGCCAACUUGAGUUUGUGGUCAAUUAGAGUCAGGUGCAAGGAAAAUGAGCUGAGGGGUAAACCCUCGCACAGGCGUCUCUGGAAACG